CUCACCACUAUCACCAGUCGGAGCGGGCUGUCUACCGAGCAGCACAUUGGUUCGUGUGUAACGUCCUACGGCCUCCUUUCCGUCCAACUGGCACCUCCAACUCGGAGUCCUGGGGUAAGCGUGGAGGGAGGGGAAACUUGCCCUGUCGGGACACGCAUAUCUAGGCAAGUAACGUUCAACGAGCUGAUGGCGGCAAAGGGGAACCAGGGCAGAUCUGGCCCGAACAAGCGCUUCCUCCACCCAGGAAGCUUGCCCGAUGUGGGAACAAGAAACGAAGAGGUGGACGAAUAUAGCAAACCAGGUGGCCAGGCCACCUCUUGCUGCAGUGUUGGGCUGAGGCUCGGCAUAUGGGGACUGUACACAGAUGAGACGGCGGAGUUCUACCACUGGGAGGUUCGUUAUCAACUCGCGGAUAUCAAGUUGUCAGUGGAUCGCAUUUGA